AUGGACCUCGCAGACGCCUCAAUAUGUAUGACGUAUGAGAGCGGUCCUACUGAAUUUGAUGAUUUUCCUCAGACUGAUGAACCUGUCCACAUACUGGGUCAUGCUUAUAGUACUUUGUAUGAUUUGGAAGAAUUGAAGCAUGAUAUUUUAUCUCGAAUAUGGAUUACAUAUCGCAAGAAUUUCAGUCCAAUUGGUGGUACUGGUCCCACAGCAGAUACAGGAUGGGGCUGCAUGUUACGAUGUGGCCAGAUGAUGAUGGCUCAAUGUCUCAUUGUCCGCCAUCUAGGGAGAGGAUGGAGAUGGAGAAAAUCUUCCUAUGAAAAUGACAAAACCUAUAUGAAGAUUCUCCGUCUUUUUCAAGACAAGCGUACCUCAUAUUAUUCUAUCCACCAAAUUGCUUCAAUGGGUGUGUCUGAAGGAAAAACAGUUGGAAGCUGGUUUGGACCAAAUACAAUUGCUCAGGUUUUAAAAAAAAUCUCUGUUUAUGAUGAAUGGAGUUCAAUAGUAACCCAUGUUGCAAUGGACAAUACAGUUAUUGAAGAUGAUAUCAGAACGCUGUGUAAGUCACAUGCCAAUAAAGAAAAUACUCAACAGGGUUCUAACCCUGUGCCUGCAGGAACUGCAUCUGCAGCUUGUCCUUCGUCAGGUGACACAGUCAAGGAAGGUGCUUCCAGCUGGUCUCCAUUGCUGCUGAUAAUUCCCCUCCGUCUUGGACUCACAGAUAUCAACUCUCUAUAUUUUAACAGCCUCAAAUUAUGUUUGUCACUAAAACAAUCAGUUGGAAUUAUUGGAGGGAAGCCAAACCAUGCACAUUGGUUUAUUGGUACUGUUGGAGAUGAGCUUGUCUACCUUGAUCCUCAUACCACACAACCAGUAGUGGAUUUAGAUGAAGUUGGUAGCCGGGAUGACUCCUACCAUUGUCCACACAGUUCUCGCAUGAAGGUCCAGCAACUCGACCCUUCAGUUGCUUUGGGAUUUUUCUGUUUGAAUGAACAAGAAUUUGAUGACCUCUGCAACGCAUUCCGAAGCAAGAUGGUUAGCAAGACGCCCAUGUUUGAACUGCACAGAAAACGUCCAAAGCAUUGGCCUGCUGAUUCUUAUGUGGCUGCUGCUGCUGCUGCUGCGACUGGAGCAACUAAGACCGUCUAUGCAAAUGCUGAUUUCUGUGAUACUGAAGAGGAGUUUGAAUUACUUGGCUGA